AGCCAGGACGCGGCGGAGAAUCAGGUCUCACAUGGUCUCACCACCAGAGGAACACUUUCCUGUUCAGAGUCCGCCGUCCAACCGACCUGGAAGAGAUAAAACGUGAAACCACAAGAAUGGAAACGGUGCAGGAACUCGUCCCCUUCGUCAGAGAGAUGCUGAGCCAGAAGCCCAACCGCGGGAUGCUGAAGGUGUAUCUGCUCGGCACAGUGGUGGCGGUGGUCGGCACGGUGGUGGGCACGGUGGUCGGCCUGGUGGACACUGUGUGCCAUCCCUUCUCCGGGGAGGGCCCUGACGACGCCGAGAUGGCCAUGCUCAUGUUGGGAGAGUCGAGGAGGAGGACAAUAGUAGCGGGCCUGCCUGUGAAGAGACGAGGAAGAGAGCCGCAGGAGGAGGUCCAGGGAGGGACCUGUUUGGAGACAGACAAGACCGCUGCAGCCCUGUCGAAGACCCACGGACCACAAGCUCUCAGAACCGCAGCGAACCGACUUCAUGCGUCCUAAAGGAGCGUUUUAAAUGGACUUUUAACAAGAAAAUAUUUAUUUAUUAUUGUGUGUGCGUGUGUGUGUGUGUGUGUGUGUGUGUGUGUGUGUGUGUGUGUGUGUGUGUGUGUGUGUGUGUGUGUGUGUGUGUGUGUGUGUGUGUGUGUGUGUGCCCCCCUGCUGGGUCAGGGUCUUUGACUCCCAGAGGUCUGACUGACUGCUGGUCAGUUUGACGCAGCUCCUCGGGUCAAAAUGAUUUUAUAUAUAAAGUGUUUGUCUCAGGAGUCAUUCUCAAGUCUAGAUAUUGCAACUUUUCCCUCGGAAUAAACAUUUGUUUUGAUAAAAUCUGAAUCAAUGUCUCCGAGGUAUCAAAUAAUUUCAUUAGACUUGAGAGUAUUUUUUAUUAAAUUAAGCUUCCAGUGUUUUAUUCUCUCAAACAUAUUACAAUAUAGCUGAUAUAUUUCGUGUCCCUCCACCAAUUACAUUUGCAUGCAUGCAUCAUAUAUUUCAGAAGUAAAUGUGCACGUUUAUUGAGGCAUAAAUAUUGCACUUUAUCGUAUUUACCACUUAGGAUAACUUGUGAAAGAAAAGAAGAAUCAACGUGAUCACGUCUGAUAUUGACGACAGGGACGUGGAUCAAUAUCAAUCAGUUCCACCACUGGGCGGCAGUAUAACACACUUCAGCCUACUGCACAACCAACUUGUAUUGAUGUUUGUAGGGCUGUGUGGAGAAGAAUACAAUAUUUGCCAAAAUAAAAUGAGUAUAUCCUAAAAAAUAUAUAAAUCUACUCAAAAAAGCACAACAAAUGUACAUUCAUAUUAAGGGCAUUUGGCAGACGCUUUUAUCCAAAGUGACUCAAAUAAGUAAAUUUGUCGGAAGAAAGAGAAUAUAUCGCUGGCAGUACAGUAAGGACGUUAAUAGAACCAAACGAAAAGCACUAACAAUCGCUAGGUUAACCCAUCCCCUAUAUACAACAAAGAUGCAACACGAUGCUAAGUACUAUUUUUAAAGGGAUACUUCACUGGUGGAGAUAUGAAGGUUAUAUGAAGUA